AAACCCAGAGAAGAGUAGCAGUCGCCAUUAUCUCCAGUUUCCACUGCUAGGGUUAUAACAGAACACCAAAUAAGUCAAGCUUUCAUGGAUAUAAUAUGGGAAUGUUGAUGUUAAAGAACGCUGCUCGAAGAUCCCUCUUCAAUUCCAGGUACUUUUUCAGGAAUCUCUCAUCAAUCGAACACAAUCCCUCGCUUUACAUCCCCAAACGCCAUCUGCAAAUCGACAGCACAAGCUCCCUCCUUGAGAAAAAGCUUCCUCUUUUGCUGCGAAAACAUGGCAACAACAUUAAUACUGAUGGGGACGUUGUCUUGAGGUGUAGCUAUUUCUCUGUGCUUGAUCGGGAUGACAAAUCAUUAUCAACACGACAACUCCAUUUGCCAUUUCAUAGUGUUCUGAUCCAGGGCUCUUGCAAUGGCGUGGUGUGCCUCGAGGAUAAGUCUAUUAAGGGGAGACUUGCCUUUUGGAACCCAUCAGCUAACGAAUUUAAGUUCCUUCCCCCGACUUGCAUCCAACUCCAUCCAGAUGCUAAAUAUCUCAUGUUUAAGGGUACCAAUAUUGGGUUCGAUCGUAAUUCUCAAGAUUUUAAAGUAGUAAGGUUCGUGUACAACACUUUUCCUGAAGAACAUCCUUCUAUCCCCAGGACGGCUCACGCUGAGUUGUACUCCCUAAACUCCGAUUCUUGGGAGGAAUUACCCGAUCACCUAGGUUCUAUUUGCUUUCCACUGGCCUGGAUUUCUGCUUCUGUAAAUGGGGUUGCUUAUUGUGAGACGAAGAUAAACAGGAUGGUGCGACUUCUUACCUUUGACUUUGCAAGUAAACAAUUUUCUUUCCUUGAUCUUCCGGAUUCGGCUAAGCGUGUUGGGUCAUAUUAUUGGCUGCAUCUUGCCGAGCGAGAUGGGAAGCUUGCCGCUAUAAUCUACCCAAAUGUUAUAACCUACCCAAAUUCUGAGAGGGAAAAAGCUUGUGAGUUGUGGGUGAGAAGUCAUGAUGAUGGUUCAUGGGAGCGGGUAUCCACUUUUUGUGUUCCUGGUGGUGUUAAGCCAUUAGGGUUCUGGACGAAUGACGAACUGCUUUUUCAAGGAAGAGGUGAAUAUCUAAUCCUUUUUCGCCUCGACACUCGAGAGGUUAAGCAUCUUAGUCUUAAUAUUUCUGAUGGUGAUCGUGUGGAGUUCGUUCCUUGUGUGGAGAUUGGAGUUCGGCUCGUUGGGAAAUCAGAAUUUGAAAACCAAGAGCUGAUCAAAGUGGAAGGCCUUAUAAAAUCAUUUCUUCUUUUUGCCCCAUUGUUCGAUGGCUUUUCCUAUUUUGCUUCUAAGAUCUUGUGGGCGACGACCGAAGGUGCAGACCGACAGGGUCAAGCUGAUGUCUUCUACAGGACAUUAUUUUCCGACGGUGGGGCGGAUGGAGGCGGGCGGCGGGCAGAGGGCGACGGGCUGAGAGAUGCAGGUAGUGUGUGGAUUGUAUGUACAGUGAUGGGAAUAUGA